AUGACUGCAGGUUCACUAGCAGCCCCACAAAUAAUUCCCAUUCGCAUUCCUCCUCCGGGGAAAGCUAAGCAUGAAAUCGACUCCUGCACCCCUGUUGAAAUCAAAUCAGAGUCCUCUGAUGUGAGUAUCCUGUACACACUGGAUGGCAGUAAGCCUGAGAUUGUAAGGAGAACAGGUUUUGCUGACAGUACUCUGAAAUACACUGGACCUAUUCGCCUACCUGUGGGAAAAGUGUCUGUGAGAGCCAUGGCAGUCACCGGUGAUGGACGGCAGAGCUCUGUUGUCACCAAGAUUUUCCUCGUGGAAUCUUCUCCUUUAGAUGAGCAAGACCUGACUGAGAAACGUGAAGAUGAUUCACUGACGGAUGACAGACAGAUCAACGGCAAAGAUGACUCAAAUAUGAAUUUAAAGGGAAGUGAAAAUGGAGCCAAUUCAUCUGUUAAAUAUUUAGAUGUUCCCAGCAUUGAACCCCAGAGAGCACUUAAAGGCCCUCGAUUCCUCACACAACGCCUGGGUUCUGGUUCCUCUGUACGCCUGUCAACACAAAGCCCACGAAGCCAGAGAGCAGAUGUUGUGCAAAGCCCUUUCAAAAACCUCACGAGCACUCAGAUGUCUCGGAUUCAGCGAGAAACAGAUUUUCUUAGAUGUCCUAAGUGCCUGAGUCAUCGGCCUUCAGACCCUUUCGCCCGAUUCUGCUUGAACUGUGGAGCAGCAGUGCACCCAAUCCCUGGACAGAGACUGCCCCCUACUGAGGGAGGACAGAUGGGUCUGUGUGUGAAUUGUAAAUCCAUGGUGCCUCUGAACACGCCCACAUGUCUUGUGUGUGAAUCUCCAUUGGCCCAACAGCUUCAACCUCAAGCUAGUCUAAGACUACAGAAUAAGAUCAUUUGUCACUCAUGUGGCUCUGGAAACCCUCAACACAUGGCAAAUUGCGUCACUUGUGAAUCCAAACUUGUUCAGGAAAGCACACCUGUUUUAAGUGGACAGAGAGCUGCACCUCAACCUUCCACAGAAGGAAAAAUGAUCUCAUGCUCCAAGUGCAAUAGAAUCAACCAUUCAGAUGCUCGAUUCUGUGACUGGUGUGGGGCGAAGCCUGGCCACGCGACCAACAAUCUGAAAUGCACUCAGUGUGGGGCGAGCUGUCACCCUUAUGCAAAUUACUGCGGGGGCUGCGGUGCCUUUCUGGACGGACCACCCAGGACGCCCUCCAAAACCAGCCCGGUACAGAUCACACAGGAAUCAGAUCAGACCUCAGCCACCUGGCAAGCUGUGCCUGCUCAUGAAUCGACAACUGUGCCUCCGCCUGCAAGUCUGCGCACUUGUGCGGAUGCGCAGACACAAACUCAGGGACUUUUUUUUCCAUCCAGUACCGAGAUGAAAAAGCGAAGCCAACAGAAGGAGGCGGAGCUAAGCAGAAAGGAACACAUGAGUGACAGGAAGCCACUGCUUACUGCCAUCAGCCCAGGCAGAGGGUUCUGGAGGAAGCAACUAGAUCACAUUUGCGCUCACCUGCGCAGUUACACUCAAAAUAAUACAGAGUUCAGGGCUCUGAUUGGAGAACCUCGUCUGGGCAGAAUGAUCUCUGCUGUGAUUCAGGAGGACAGCUAUGAAGUCAGUCUGCGCAUCAAUUUCAUCUCUGCUUCACCUGAGGCGUCCAGGUCGUCUUCUGCUGGACAGCAGAGUAGAUCCGUGGCGUCUGAGAAUCAGAAUCUCAGUGCUGUGACAGAGGGGAGAAAUUCAGCCAGUCCAGUGAAUGACAGUAGCACAGCAGCAUCUUCAGUCAAGAGAAAGAAGCAGAAAAAGAUCUGGAGCUCAGACGCAACAGAAAAGCAUCCGGAGUCUAAGGAUAGUCUGCUGCUUAAAGAAUUGGGGCCGGAGGGGCGGGGCCAAAUCUCUGUGGUGCAGCAGCUGUUGGAUGAGGGUGCUGACCCUGCAUGCCUGGGCAACGAUGGGCGUCCUGCUCUUGUUGCCGCGGUGCUAAAUGGACAUCAUGAUGUCAUUCCUGUGCUGGUGCAGAGAGGUGCCAAUGUUAACCAAACAUCCGGACCGUUGAAUAAUGCCGCCCUUCAUGAGGCUGCAGCUCUGGGAAUAGAUUGCCUGAAGAAUGUUGAGAUAUUGCUGGGGUGCAAUGCAAGUAUCAGAAAGCAGAAUGACAGAGGUCAGACGGCAUAUAAUAUUGCAGUGGCCACAGGAAAUAUCUCCGUAAUCUCCCUGAUGGCAGCUCACAUGGGUCAGGGUCUCCUGCAGCGGCACACGAAAACCAGGAGCCCCUUACAACCGGAUACAUUCUCAUGAGAUAGAUCACAAACUCAACCAAAGUUAACCCUAUACAUACACUGUAACUACCAACUAAUAUUGAUAAUAAGAGAAUUUCUAUGUUAUCCUUCUGUUAUGAAUAUACUCCACACGUCAAAUGUUUUAUCUAUAGAAAGACACAAAUAAUAAUGUUCAAUCUAUUUUGAAACAUUCUGACAAUAUUAAACCCCGAGAUAUUCCAUUAA